GAAUGAACCAGGUGGGAAUUUUCUGGUUGCUCCACUACGGUGACUCGCUAGGCUCUGAAGACACAUCCAGAUUUUGAUUGUUAGUUUUCUGGGGCCAGUUUCCCACAACGGUUUACAGCACGGCUCACAGAGCCAAAAGUAGCAUAAAUAGCUACUGCUGUCAUUAGGGGACAGCUCACUUUUCAUGGGUCUUGCUUUUCCCAUCCAUAAAACGGAAAGAUGGGACUAGAUCUUACAGUACUUUCUCAAGUCUGACUUACGGUGACUGGGAAAGGAGACAUCGGCCCCAAACUAAUUAGAAACGGCGGGGUGGAGUCUACAAAUUCGCUCACUUGGUAUUCGCCGCAGGGAUGCUCUUCCACGUUUGUUUUAAGACGCCAUGGUGAGGACCGUCGUCCGAGUGCCAGCGACGGUUUAUCACCGUGACAAGAAAACCCAGAGCGGCCUCUCUACUAGCGCUACUCACACCGUGAAACUGUUCACCAGAGGACAGAUAACUAGGUCUCGAGAGUUAAGUCUCUGUGCAGUUUGCAGAGUACUUGCCUCCCCAUGUUCACAAAUCCGAGUAACUACAACCACAGAGCUGAUCGCACCACCUGGAAUCCUAGAGCGAACCGGAAGUGAGCGCAGCUCCCUCGGCCUGGCGGGAACGCGCCGGGGUCUGCGGCGGGGGUGCCGGGGAGCUGCGGCCUCGGCCCGGGAGUGUUGAUGUCGGCUCUCUUGUCCGGCUUGCCGCCGGAGGGUCUGAGCUUGUCGUAGGUGGAAGCUGCGGCUGAGAGAAGGGAGCGUCUGUGAGGCAACAGUCGGGCUUCCUCCGCAGACACCUCGUGGUUGGGGAGGAGCUCCUCUCCCUUUCUGCCCCGGCCUGGGCUACCAGGAGCUCCGGUUGCGGAGCGACCUUCUCUCUGGUCUCCUUGCCCCGCCUCGUAUACCCAGGCUUUAUUUAGGGCCAGAGUGUCCUUGAUAACCUCAGUUUUCUGUCUCGCAAGUAACCUGCUGCUCAAUUUGUGACCCUGCCGCUUUCUUGAGUGGUUUUGUGCUCACUAUUUCCGGUCUUGUCAGAGGAUGGCUACACUUGCAAUGGAAUUGCUCGAGGAACUGCCCUGUGUUGUCACGUAAACAAAUCCGUUUUAGCUGCAUCUGUGAUUUUUCUGUUAACACUAUUUUCUUAUAUCGAAAACUUUUCUGACCAAGGAUUGCGUGGGGACCUCAAGUAAAAUCACCCAUCUGCCUAGACCCCAAUUGGAGAGAGCGUUCCUCUGAGCUGUCCAAGCUCAGGAUGGCGGUAGCCUCCAGGGCCCUCCCAGCCUUAGUUGGCCAGGCUUCAGAGGAACAAGGGGAGAUUAUCAAAGUAAAGGUUAAAGAAGAAGACCAUAUUUGGGAUCAGGAAUCCUGCCUACAGAAGAAUUUGUCUCAUACCAGGGAACUCUCUCGACGGCGCUUCAGGCAGUUCUGCUAUCAGGAGACACCUGGACCCAGGGAGGCUCUGAGCCAACUGCGAGAACUCUGCAGUCAGUGGCUGAGCCCCGAGAUUCACACCAAGGAGCAGAUCCUGGAGCUGUUGGUGCUGGAGCAGUUCCUGACCAUCCUUCCUGAGGAGCUCCAGGCUUGGGUGCGGGAGCAUAAUCCUGAGAGUGGAGAGGAGGUGGUGACUGUGCUGGAAGAUUUGGAGAGAGAGCUUGAUGAACCUAGACAGCAGGUUCCACAGGGCACAUACGGGCAGGAAGUUCCUAUGGAAGAAAUGACUCCUCUGGAUACUGCAAAGGAGUCCUUAGGUACCCAGCUCCAGUCCAUGGACGACAGAAUGGAAUGUGAAUCUCCAGAGCCACACCCACUUCAAGAUAAUGGGUCAUUUUUAUGGCUUUCCAUGAUGUCUCAAAGCAUGGGUGAUGAUAACCUCAGUAGCUUAGAUACUAAUGAAGCAGAAAUUGAACCAGAAAACAUGAGAGAAAAGUUCUUCAGAAGCUUAGCAGUGUUACUGGAAAACAAAAGUAAUAAUACUAAGAUAUUUUCUAAAGCAAAGUACUGUCAAUUAAUAAGGGAAGUGAAAGAGGCUAAAGCUAAGGCAAAAAAGGAAUCAGUUGACUACCGUCGCUUGGCUAGAUUUGAUGUGAUCCUUGUACAAGGAAAUGAGAAGCUGAUUGAGGCUAUAAAUGGGGAAACAGAUAAAAUACGGUAUUAUUUACACAGUGAGGACUUAUUUGACAUUCUGCAUGAUACACAUCUCAGCAUUGGACAUGGCGGACGUACCCGCAUGGAAAAAGAGUUACAAGCAAAAUACAAGAACAUCACAAAAGAAGUUAUAAUGCUAUACUUGACACUCUGCAAACCAUGCCAGCAGAAAAAUUCAAAACUCAAGAAAGUUCUAACAUCAAAGCCAAUUAAGGAAGUUAAUUCAAGAUGCCAAGUGGAUCUUAUAGACAUGCAAUUGAAUCCUGAUGGGGAGUAUAAAUAUAUUAUGCAUUAUCAAGACCUUCGUACAAAGUUGAGUUUUUUGCGGUCAUUAAAAUCUAGAAGGCCUAAAGAAGUUGCACAUGCUCUUCUAGAUAUUUUUACAAUUAUUGGGGCACCCAGUGUCCUACAAUCUGACAAUGGGAGGGAAUUUUCAAGCCAGAUUGUCAGCGAACUCAGUAAUAUUUGGCCAGAAUUGAAAAUUGUCCAUGGGAAGCCUCAACCCUGCCAAAGCCAAAGUUCUGUGAAUCAAAUUAAUGAGGAUAUCCAAAAUAGGAUUAUCUCCUGGAUGCAAACUAACAAUUCAUCACACUGGGCUGAAUUUUUGUGGUUCAUUCAAAUGAUCCAAAAUCAACCCUAUCACAGAGGCAUGCAACAGACUCCAUAUGAAGGCACAUUUAGCUCUGAAGCUAAGCUUCAUUGUCAGUUAACUGAAGAACUUGUUGCCAGCCUGAACACAGAAAAUGAAUUAGAACAGGCUGACAAAGAAUUAGAAAAUACUCUAAGAGCCCAGUUUGAAGAAAAUAUUGAGACUGGAACAGAUAGUAGUGAUAUUGAAGAGAAUCUUUCUGUCACUCCUAAGGUGGCCCAUAAAACCCCUCCUGAAAGCAGACUAAAAUUUUUAUCCUGUGUAGUUUGUGAAAAAGAAUGCACUGGUGCUCAUAGUUGUAUAUCAUGUGAUAGAAAUGUCCAUGCCCUCUGUGGAGUGCGCUCUCAGCAUGAGACUGAGGGCUAUCGUCACAGAAGAACGUGUAGUCUUUGCUAUGAGACCACUACAAUGAAAAGGAAACAUGAUGGGAUUCAAACAAGUUUGACUGUUCAACCUUCCAAAAUGUUAAAGCCAUUAGAGCCACCGUUUUCAUCAGACAAAGUAGGAGACUGGAUGGCAAAACAAGCUUCACUGGACUUUUUUGUCAAGAAAAGACACACCUUUUCGGAAUACGGCAGUAGUGGUAAAAAAAAUGGUAACAAUGGAAGUCAUCUCAAAGAAGUGAAAACCAAAAGAGUUCAUACUAGUUUUACUCGAAAGUAUGAUCCCUCAUAUAUUGAGUUUGGUUUUGUAGCUGUAAUUGAUGGUGAAGUGCUAAAACCACAAUGUAUUAUUUGUGGAGAUGUACUGGCUAAUGAAGCAAUGAAACCGUCAAAACUUAAGCGGCAUUUAUAUUCAAAACAUAAAGAAAUAAGUUCACAACCAAAAGAAUUCUUUGAAAGAAAGAGUAGUGAAUUAAAAAGCCAACCAAAGCAAGUGUUCAAUGUUUCUCACAUAAACAUUAGUGCUUUGCGGGCUUCUUAUAAAGUAGCACUUCCGGUUGCUAAGUCUAAAACACCGUACACAAUUGCCGAGACACUAGUGAAAGACUGCAUCAAAGAAGUUUGCUUGGAAAUGUUGGGUGAAUCUGCAGCAAAGAAGGUAGCUCAAGUACCACUUUCCAAUGACACCAUAGCUCGACGUAUUCAGGAACUGGCUAAUGAUAUGGAAGACCAACUCAUAGAACAAAUAAAACUAGCAAAGUAUUUUUCAUUACAACUUGAUGAAUGCAGAGAUAUUGCUAACAUGAUAAUUCUUUUAGUAUAUGUGAGAUUUGAACAUGAUGAUGAUAUAAAGGAAGAAUUCUUUUUUUCAGCCUCUUUACCGACAAACACAACUAGCUCAGAACUAUAUGAAGCAAUAAAGAAUUAUGUUGUCAACAAAUGCGGUUUAGAAUUUAAGUUUUGUGUAGGAAUAUGUUCUGAUGGUGCAGCUUCAAUGACAGGAAAACAUUCAGAAGUGGUUACCCAGAUUAAGGAACUUGCGCCAGAAUGUAAAAUAACACAUUGCUUCAUUCAUCGAGAAAGUCUUGCUAUGAGAAAAAUAUCAGCUGAACUAAAUAGUGUGCUUACUGACAUAGUAAAAAUUGUGAAUUAUGUAAAAUCUAAUGCAUUAAAUUCAAGAUUGUUCUCUUUAUUAUGUGAUAAUAUGGAAACUGAUCAUAAGCAACUGUUAUUGCAUGCUGAGAUCCGGUGGUUAUCACGGGGAAAAGUUCUAUCAAGGAUGUUUGAAAUACGAAAUGAACUCUUAGUAUUUCUGCAAAGCAAGAAACCAGUUUGGUCCCAACUUUUCAAAGAUGUGAAUUGGAUAGCCAGACUUGCUUAUUUAUCUGAUAUCUUCAGUAUUUUUAAUGAUCUUAACGUUUCCAUGCAAGGAAAGAAUGCAACAUGUUUUUCAAUGGCAGAUAAGAUUGAAGGACAAAAACAAAAGUUAGCAGCUUGGAAAAAUAGAGUUUCUACAGAUUGUUAUGACAUGUUCCAUAAUUUAACAACAAUUAUCAAUGAAGUAGGUAAUGAUCUUGAUAUUACACAUCUGCGAAAAGUUAUCAACGAACACCUUACAAAUUUGUUAGAUUGUUUUGAAUUGUAUUUUCCAUCAAAAGAAGAUCCACGCAUAGGAAAUUCAUGGAUCCAAAAUCCAUUUCUUUCAUCAAAAGAUAAUUUAAAUUUAACUAUAACUCUACAGGAUAAGUUGUUGAAGCUGGCUACUGAUGAAGGAUUGAAAAUGAAUUUUGAAAAUACUGCAUCACUUGCUUCAUUUUGGGUAAAAGUUAAAAAUGAAUAUCCUGAGCUUGUUGAGAUUGCUUUAAAAACUCUCCUUCUAUUCCCCUCAACAUACCUCUGUGAGACUGGGUUCUCUACUUUAAGCGUUAUUAAAACAAAACAUAGAAACAGUUUAAAUAUACAUUAUCCGCUGAGAGUAGCAUUGUCAUCAAUCCAACCUAGAUUAGACAAAUUAACAAGCAAGAAACAAGCUCAUUUAUCACAUUAAAAACUUUAAAUGUUGAUAUAUAAGGUGUUCGCUCAGAGUAUGCAUAUAGGCAUUAUGGAAAUAUGAAAAAUUGUGAUUAAAAUAGCAAUUCUCUAUAUAAAUUGCCUAUAUGUAUACUUUCAGUUAAGAAAGUGUACAGUUUUUAUAAUUCUUUUUUCCUGUUAUAUUUGUUAUAUUUAUUAAGAUGUAAUUUUAAAACUGUUGGUACUAAUAUUAAAAAAUUUGGCCUUGUA